AUGUCGCAAAAAAGGGAAUUUGAAGAAGGGAAAGCUCGUGUGGAAGGUGGCUCACCGGAGGAUAAGCGUAGAAGAUUCAAAAGUGUGGUUCAGGAAGUAAUGAGAUUGCAAACCGUCAAACAUCUUCUCGAACCAGUUCUCGAGCCCUUGAUUCGUAAAGUGGUAAAAGAGGAAGUUGAAUUGGCUAUUGGAAAGCAUCUAACAGGCAUCAAGUGGAUUUGUGAGAAAGAGAUUCAUCCUUUGGAAUCAAGGAACCUACAGUUAAAGUUUUUGAACAAUCUAUCGCUUCCUGUGUUUACUUCAGCUCGGAUAGAAGGAGAUAACGGUCAAGCUAUACGAGUUGGAUUAAUCGAUCCUUCAACUGGCCAAAUCGUCUCCUCUGGUCCCGCAUCGUCUGCCAAACUGGAGGUUUUUGUUGUCGAGGGUGAUUUUGACAGUGAUAGCGGUUGGACAUCUGAGGAUAUCAGGAAUAACAUUGUAAGAGAGAGAGAAGGAAAGAAACCUCUACUCAGUGGGAAUGUAUUUGCGGUUCUUAAUGAUGGCAUCGGUGUCAUGGAUGAAAUUUCAUUUACAGAUAACUCUAGCUGGACUAGGAGCAGGAAGUUCAGACUCGGUGUACGAGUAGUGGAUCAAUAUGAUUUUGUCAAAAUUAGAGAGGCAAUAACAGAGUCCUUUGUUGUAAGGGAUCACCGCGGAGAAUUGUACAGAAAGCAUCAUCCUCCUUCUCUAUUCGAUGAAGUAUGGAGAUUGGAAAAGAUAGGGAAAGAUGGAGCAUUUCACAAACGACUGAAUAGGUCAAAUAUAGAAACUGUCAAGGAUUUCCUAACACAUUUCCAUUUAAGCUCACUAAACCUCCGGCAAAUUCUUGGUACGGGUAUGUCUUCGAAGAUGUGGGAAAUUACUCUGGACCAUGCUCGUUCAUGUGUUCUGGAUAAUAGCGUCCAUGUGUACCAACUUCCUGGAUUUCAGAAGAAAACUGCUGUGGUCUUCAAUGUCGUAGCUCAAGUGCUUGGACUGCUCGUGGAUUUUCAGUAUAUUCCUGCUGGAAAGUUCUCAGAGAUUGAAAAGGCUCAAGCCGAGGAGAUGGUUAUUGCUGCAUUGAGUCAUCCCGAAGAAGUAAUCUCGUAUGAUGAUGAGAUUUCCAUGAUGAGGAACUUUCUCAAUGUCCCAGCUUCUCAAAGCAGUGUCGGGAUUGAUUAUUCCGGUCUUAGUUUGACCAGCUUGGACGGUUAUGGUUUUGCGCCAAAUCUUCACAACACAGCGGAAUGUAGUGGCCAGUACAGUGAUGAUGUUGACAUGGAAGUUACUCCACAAGGUUUAUACGAAGACUUCAAUCUCUGGAACUGCUCUCAGAUUCUAGGCUUAGAAGAACCGCAAUCCGAUUUCCAGAGUGCGUUUGACGGUUUCAUGUCACAGAAAAAUGUUACGGUCGGUAAGGCUCACAGCAGAAGAUGGACAAAGCUUUUCAGUGUGUCGAAAUGGCUCUCUGUUUUCAAGAAUGUUACAGUUAGGAAAAAUUUGAAGUGA